UUUUUGGGUCCUUUCGCUCGCAGCCGGUAGCUCUCUGGAAGGUUCUGUUGUAAUUUACCGUGAGACAGAACCGGGCCGAAUCCGCGUCCAUCCGAGCUUUGGGAGCGGUGUGCGGGUCAGCAGCGAGAGCGUGCGUUUUCCUUAAACCUUGAUCAGAAGCAAAUCAGCGAGAUUUAACAAUAAUAUUAAAUAGAAAUUUAUAAUAAAGAUGCCCGAAGCCGCCAUAGCAGUGCCGAAGGCUCCCAGCGGAGGCAAGAACAACGGAGGCACCUAUGUGGACCGGGACAAACCGGCCCAGAUUCGGUUCAGCAACAUCAGCGCUGGAAAAGCCGUUGCCGAUGCCAUCAGGACGAGUCUCGGCCCUAAAGGCAUGGACAAAAUGAUCCAGGACGGGAAAGGAGACGUCACCAUCACUAAUGACGGAGCCACCAUCCUGAAUCAGAUGCAGGUCCUUCACCCUGCUGCGAAAAUGCUGGUCGACCUGUCCAAGGCUCAGGACAUCGAGGCUGGAGAUGGCACUACAUCGGUCGUGGUGAUCGCUGGAGCUCUGCUAGACUCCUGCGCCAAGCUGCUACAGAAAGGCAUCCAUCCCACCACCAUCUCCGAGUCCUUCCAGAAGGCGGUGGAUAAGGGUGUGGAGAUCCUGACCUCCAUCAGCCAGCCGGUGGAGCUGAGCGACCGCGAGACUCUGCUGAACAGUGCCACCACCUCACUGUGCUCCAAAGUGGUGUCCCAGUACUCCAGCCUGCUCGCCCCGAUGAGCGUGGACGCCGUCAUGAGGGUCAUCGACCCGGCCACCGCCACCAGCGUUGACCUCCGAGACAUCAACAUCGUCAAGAAGCUCGGUGGAACCAUUGAUGACUGUGAGCUGGUGGACGGCCUGGUUCUGACCCAGAAGGUGGUGAACAGUGGACUGUCCCGAGUCGAGAAGGCCAAGAUCGGUCUGAUCCAGUUCUGUCUGUCUCCACCCAAGACUGAUAUGGAUAACCAGAUCGUGGUGUCGGAUUACGCACAGAUGGACCGCGUGCUCCGUGAGGAGAGAGCUUACAUCCUCAACCUGGUCAAACAGAUUAAGAAAGCUGGCUGUAACGUCCUGCUCAUCCAGAAAUCCAUCCUCAGAGAUGCGCUGAGCGAUCUUGCUCUUCAUUUCCUGAACAAGAUGAAGAUCAUGGUGGUGAAGGACAUCGAGAGGGACGAGAUCGAGUUCAUCUGCAAGACAAUCGGCACCAAACCCAUCGCCCACAUUGACCAGUUCACACCGGAGAUGCUGGGCUCAGCUGAGCUGGCCGAGGAGGUGAGCCUGGACGGCUCGGGCAAACUGGUCAAGAUCACCGGUUGUUCCAAUCCAGGAAAGACGGUGAGCAUCGUGGUGCGCGGCUCCAACAAGCUGGUGAUCGAGGAGGCCGAGCGCUCCAUCCACGACGCCCUCUGCGUCAUCCGCUGCCUCGUCAAAAAAAGAGCUCUCAUUGCAGGCGGCGGCGCUCCGGAGAUCGAGCUGGCUCUGCGCUUGGCCGAGUACGCCCGCUCUCUGGGUGGCAUGGAGGCGUACUGUGUGCGCGCCUACGCCGACGCCCUGGAGGUCAUUCCCUCCACGCUGGCCGAGAACGCCGGGCUCAACCCCAUCUCCACGGUAACAGAGCUACGCAACAGGCAUGCUCAGGGCGAGACGACGGCUGGCAUCAACGUGCGCAAGGGUGGCAUCUCUAACAUCUUGGAGGAACUGGUGGUCCAGCCUCUCCUGGUCUCCAUCAGCGCCCUGACCCUCGCUACGGAAACCGUGCGCAGCAUCCUCAAGAUCGACGAUAUUGUGAACACACGAUAAGGUGCAUGUGUGUGAAGAGAGCACUGAUGGACUGAAGCACUGCUGCUGAAGGAUGUGGGGACCUCACCAAACACCUCGCCAUGACCAACCGUUCAUGAGCUUUCUGUAGAUGUUACGUUGCGUAAUUUAAUAAACUCUUUUUUUUUGGA